AUGGAGAACGUAUUUAUCUACAGAGGAGGCUACCAAGAAGUCCCCAGACACGUCACUCGUGUUUACAUUGAUCCUUCCGUUGAUGAGAUAAAGAACAAGGCAUUCAAGGGUUGUAAGGAGUUGCGCGAGGUAGUCUUUGCCAAAGAUGGCCGUCUCGAAGUGAUUGGAUCCUUUGCUUUUAUGGGAUGUGAAUCUCUUGAGUUGAUUGAGCUUCCCAAGACUACCAAACGAAUCUUAUGUGGCGCCUUUAUCAAUUGUUCGUCAGCAAAACUGUUGAUUCUGAAUCAUGGACUCCAAGAAAUUGGAUUAAGCUCCUUCCGGGGAUGCCGAGGGUUGAAAUAUGCGCUUGUCCCGAGAACCGUAGAUCACAUGGCAGCAAGAGCUUUUUUCGAGUGUACUGGACUUGAGCAAGUCGCGAUAGAAAAAGGACUAACUAAGAUACACGAAUCCACUUUCGAACGUUGUACCGCCUUGAAAAUGAUUGGACUUCCCCCAUCUGUGACAAGGAUUGGGUCUAAUGCAAUUCCCAGAGAAACAAAACAAGAGCGGAAGCAUUGGGUGUGGGCUGUAUCUCAAGUAAGCGUCUCUAUCCUCAAGAUGAAUACAAACUCUGGCAAUUGCCUAUCCAGCCAAAAUGAUGACACCGCAAACCUGAAGGAGGCCCCGGUACCUGUCUCACCAAGGCAGCCUUCUCAAGAUUCUACAGCUUCGACUUUGUCAGCUUCUAAAAGCUUGACUUUAUCACAGGAGGAUGAUCAUGCCGAGAUGGUGAAUGCAACAGCAAGUGGUAAUCUUGUAAUCUCACGAGAAGAAUGGGACGAUGUGAACAACAGGCUAGAGGUAGCUGAGGAAAAUGUGAAGGUUUUGAAAGCACAGCUUAAUACCGUUCCGACACAAGCCAAGGAGUCAUUAUCGGAUGCACUAUGUCAAAAGGUCAAUGCUUUGGAGCAGAAAUUGAAUGCCAGCGUGACACGAUUCGACAACGACAAAGAGUCAUUGCAAUCAGAACUUAAGACUGCCAUCACUUCACUGCACCAGACUACGACAGAGCGAGACGAGCUAAAAGAAGAAAUCGCUACAAUGAAGCAAUGUCUGGAGGCAUUGAAAAAAGGAUUUGACUUGCUGAUUGAAAAAGACCAAGUGAAGCAUAAGGAAAUCGGUCAAGACACUAGUUAUCAAAGUGAACAAACCAAAAAGAGAUCCCGCCAUGAUUGGGAGGACUCACCUGUUGAGUCUCUGGGAGUCAUGGGAAGCAUUAAAAAGAGGAUAUUGACUUGGUCUCAGCAGAACCAUCAGGAGUAG